CUAGUGUCUUAAAAAGCAUUGAAUGUUUUUAAUGCUGUUUUUGUCAAUUCCAGUGAUUAAAGUUUGAUUUAUUUUUGAAAGUGUCAAUUUCUCUUGCCGUACUUUUUAUAUUUUCUAUACUUAUGGAAGUGGAUGAUGCUCCAAAAAAUGUACUUGCUGCAUCUGGCACCACAGGCAGUGUUUCAAUAUCCUUGCAUCCUUUGGUGAUAAUGAAUAUUUCAGACCACUGGACCAGGGUUAAAGCACAAGAAGGAACGGCUCAACAAGUUAUUGGAGCUCUUCUUGGGAAACAGAAGGGUCGUAACAUAGAAAUUAUGAAUUCAUUUGAAUUAGAAUUUGACAAAAUUGAAGGUGAUGUAGUAAUAGACAAGGAUUAUUAUACAACUAAGGAAUCACAAUUUAAGCAAGUUUUUAGUGAAUUAGAUUUUGUUGGUUGGUACACUACGGGUGAUGCCGUGAACGAAUCAGACAUAAAAGUUCACAAACAAAUAUGUGAAAUAAAUGAAAGUCCUGUUUUCUUAAAGCUUAAUCCCUCAGGUAGACAUACAGAGCUUCCUGUUUCUAUGUAUGAAUCUGUUAUUGACUUAGUCCAUGGGGAAGCUACCAUGCUUUUUGUAGAAUUACUAUAUACACUUGCUACCGAAGAAGCCGAGAGAAUCGGUCUAGAUCACAUGGCUAGAAUGUCUUCAAAUGAAUCUGGUGAAAGUUCUUUAGUUGCAGAACAGCUUCAAGCUCAGCAUAGUGCCAUUAAAAUGCUACAUAGCAGAGUCCAUUUGAUUCUUGAUUAUGUACGAGCUGUUAAAGAAGGAAAAGUUGCUCCUAAUCAUGAAAUAUUGAGAGAAGCAUAUAGUUUAUGUCAUAGGUUACCAGUAAUUUCUACAGAGACAUUUAAAGAAGAAUACUAUAAUCAAUGUAAUGAUGUUGGUCUAAUGACAUAUUUGGGUACACUUACAAAAGGUUGCAAUACUAUUAAUCAGUUUGUAAACAAGUUUAACAUCUUAUAUGAUAGGCAAGGAAUGGGAAGACGGAUGAAAGGAUUCUUUUUCUAGAACUAUUUUUUCAUCAUUUUUUAAUUUUAAUAUACAUAAUUGUAAAUCUGCUUAUACAAUUUUCAUGUAUGUAAAUAAAGUUAUUCUGCUUAA